UAUAUGCUUCCUUUAGGCAAUUUUAUAAGAAAAAACCACAUCAAUUUCCAUUGCUAUGCUGAUGAUACCCAGCUGUAUUUAUCUAUAAAGCCAGAUGAAACUAAUCAGGUAGACAAACUUCAGGACUGUAUUAAAGACAUAAAGGCCUGGAUGACUUAUAAUUUUUUACUUCUAAAUUCAGAAAAAACUGAGGUCAUUAUACUCGGCCCUAAGCACCUCAGAGAAACAUUAUCUGAUCAUAUAGUUAGCUUGGAAUGCAUUACCUUGGCCUCCAGCUCUACUGUGAGAAACCUUGACUAGUCCUUUGACUCACACAUAAAACAAGUCUCUAGGACAGCCUUCUUUCACCUGCGCAAUAUCAAGAACAUUAGAAACAUCCUAUCUCAAAAGGAUGCUGAAAAACUAGUCCUAACCUACAAAGCCCUUAAUAAUCAAGCUCCAUCAUAUUUUACAGAGCUCAUAGUUGCAUAUUAUCCCAAUAGAUCACUUCGCUCUGUAAAUGCAGGACUACUUGUGGUUCCCAGAGUCUGUAAAAGUAGAAUGGGAGGCAGAGCCUUCAGCCACCAGGCUCCUCUCCUCUGGAACCAGCUCCCAGUUUGUGUCAUAUAGUUGUGCUAUAGUUAUAGCUGCUCAGGUGUUUAAUAAACCAUUUCUUUAUUAUGGUGCUAUAGGCCUAGACUGCUGGGGGAACUUAUAUCAUGAGCAUCUUUCUCCCUCUCCCAUUUUCUCAUUCUCCCUCUCUCUCUCUC